UUUUAGCCAGACGCACAUUGGUUUAACAAGAUAGCGUCUUGCCGUCUUCCGUCAGGUGACCUUUGGUGCCAAACAGCAAGACGCUUUGCGCUCCUGUUGUGAAUUCACUUCAGCUGCUGCUGCCCAACAAUGAACUAAACUCUGACCGCCAUUGGUUGUGGUCGACUUGGAAAUAACAACCGCCGCUCAGUACACGCCAUUUGAGAGAGGAGAGAGAGGGAAAUCACAAAAAGGCAGGGAGGCGUCGACAGCGCAACAGCCAUGUCAGCCAACCCAAAACCAAAUGCGUUGGGCGGACCUGCGUUUUCGGGUCCUCCAUCGUCCUCCUCAGCUGCUGCUGCCGGCCCGCAACACGCCCCAACAGCCCCAUCCUUCCUCAGCAACAACAACAACUCGAACAAUGGUCGCCAAACUGAAAAACCCAUACAAUUUCCAGAACGUCACUGGAGUCAAAUGACACGGACCAUUGCGCACUAUGAGCGGCUGGAACAAAUCGGAGAGGGCACGUACGGGCAAGUGUACAAAGCCCGCUGCAAAGAUACGAAUCAGAUUGUGGCACUGAAGAAAAUCCGUGUCCAUCAUGGUAAAGACUGGGGAAUGCCUCCCACAGUUAUUCGCGAAAUCAAAAUAUUGAAGCGUUUGCAACAUCCCAAUUUAGUGCGCAUGAUGGAAGUGGUGAGCAGCAAAGGGGUGGAGCAUUUGGACGAGGAGGAUGAAUCGACGGAUGUGCGAUUCCAAAAAAAAUCCAAAGAUCGCGUUGUGGAUGCCCGAGAGGGCUACAAGGGUAAUUUGUUCCUAGUUUUGGAAUAUGUCUCUCAUGAUUUGACAGGGCUGAUGGAUGUGGCCUACCGAUUUACGCCUGUACAAGUCAAAUGCGUAUUCCGGCAAUUGCUGGAAGCAUUACAGUACAUGCAUCAAAACAAAUAUGUUCAUAGGGAUAUUAAAUCUUCCAACAUACUUUUGGAUCAUCAUUUCAGAAUAAAGCUAGCAGAUUUUGGCUUGGCACGCUGUAUUGAGCCACCUAUCUUGGAUAACCUACACGAUCGGGCAUCUUCACAAGAGUUCACCAACAAGGUCAUCACUUUGUGGUAUCGACCACCGGAGAUUUUGAUGGGUGCUACCAGAUACGGGCCUCCUGUGGAUGUGUGGAGUGCGGGGUGCAUUCUGGCCGAGUUGUUGCUGGGGAAGCCUCUGUUCACGGGCAAGACGGAGAUGGAUCAGCUACAGCUGAUAUUCGAUUUGUUGGGGACACCCUCACCGGAGAGUUGGGAUGGGUUGAAUGAUUUGAAACUUCUUCGGACUGGACAAGUGACAAUUCCCGCAGACGACAAGCGGAAAUUGCCAAAGCUCCGAAACAAGUACUUCAAAAAGAUGUCAGGGCCCGCCUUGAAUCUGUUGGAGAAACUGUUGGAAUUGGAUCCGGCAAAGAGGUUGUCCGCGGAACGGGCACUGAACAGUCGAUAUUUCCUCACCGAGCCCAUCGCUCCCGAGCGUCCUGAAGAUUUGGGUCCCAUUGAAGUUCAUAGUCAUUUCCAUGAAUUCCAAACCAAGCAGAAGCGUCGUCAAGCCAAGGCAGAGGCCGAGAAAGCCCGUGAAAACGCCAAGGCGGCAGGAAUGAACGAUGAGCAAGCCCAAGAGCAGUUUGAUGCAUGUUACCGCAAGCUUAUGAAGAAGGUAGCAGCCGAGGGCAUUGACGCCUUUGGCACUUCCAUGAAAGAUCGCAAAGAGAGGCAAAAGGAGCGCAAGGAACGUAGCAACAGAAGCGACGGGCCUUCGGCAAGGGAUGAUGGUAAACGGAUCGAUCCAGAUAAGGCUUCAGGUGGUGGCGACGAGGAUCGGCGACGCAAAGAGGGUGAAUCUGGACGUCGAUCUGACAAGUACGACCGAAAGCGAGACAGACGAGACCGCGGAGACCGCGAUCGAUAUGACGAGGAACGCGACAGGAAGCGAAGGCGAGACUACGACGAAGGAGAUGAAAAGCGACAUUCUUCCAGCAAGGCUCCCGCAGAAGACGGGGAAGAACCCAAUGGCGACAAGAAAGAAUCUUCCACCAGAGACAGGGAUAGACGCGAAAGGUCGUCUAGGGACCGUCAUCACAGGUCUUCUCGUGAUCGUAGCGAUGCCUACAAAGAGAGUCGGUCUUCCCGGGACCGUGAUAGGGACAAGGACAAAACCCGUGAUCGAUCUGACCGAGAUCAUCAUCGUCGCAAGUCCAGCCGACGCAGGGAAGGAGAUGAUGAUCGCGACAGAAACCGUGAUGGAAGCCGAAGCGACCGAAAGCGACACCGCGACGGUGAUGGGGAGGAGCAGUCUGAGGAUCGUAGAAAAGAACGAGAGCUUAAGCGACGGCAGAGCGAAGGAGAAGUCCCAGAGGACAACAAAGACACACGACAACAAGACCCUAUGGCUUCUGGUAGUGGCGGUGGCGGCGAGGAUGAACGCAACAAAAACAAGGAGGGCAAAGAGGAAGUUGAAGACCGUGGUAGAAGCAGCAAUAAGGAAGGUCGAGCUGCCGAAGACGGAGAAGAGCCCAAUGGCAACGACAGAAAGGAACGCUCUGGUAGCAGCAGUCGACGAGAUCGAGACAAAUCUUCACGCGAUAAACACCGAUCCGAUCGGGACCAUCACCAUCGUGACAGGGAUCAUCGCGAGAGCUCUCGCAGCAGAAGGGACCGUGACCGCCGACGAGAGCGCGAUGGUAGCGGUCGUCAUAAUGAGAAUGAUCGUCGUGGCGAUCAGAGGCGAGGUGGAGGAAUGCCUCCUGGUCCUGGCGGUUGGCAUGGACAUGGUCCGCCACCUCCCGAUUAUGAUUUUCCUCCUCGUGGGGGACCAGGAGGAGGAGGCCCGCCCAUGCCUCCUCGUGGUGGUCCUCCAAUGGACUUUCGUGAUUCUGGCCACUAUGGUCCUUCCGGAGGAGGACCUCCACCCAGAGGCCCGCCGUUUCGCCGUGGCAGUGACGGGCCUCCGGGCAAUCGACCUGAUCGAGACCGAGAUGGCGGAGGCGGUCCUCCUAGGCAUGAGAGAGAUGGCCCUAGGCCGGAUCGCGAAAGAUCUGACCGUGAACGCGAUGGGCCUUCGGGCAAUCGACCUGAUCGAGACCGAGAAGGCGGAGGUGGUCCUCCUAGGCAUGAGAGAGACGGACCUAGAUCUGAUCGAGACCGCGAUGGUGGAGGUGGUCCACCUAGGCAUGAGAGAGACGGACCUAGAUCUGAUCGAGACCGCGAUGGUGGAGGUGGUCCACCUAGGCAUGAAAGAGAUGGGCCUAGACCUGAUCGUGAAAGAUCUGACCGCGACGAUCGAAGGCGAAACGACAAUCAUCGACGACGAGACAAGGAGCGUCGCUAG